UGCGUUUGUUCGUUCCCUCUUGCUUAACUGGGGGUCGAUUCUGUAUCACGCAGUGUAGUGAAAAUGACAAAAGUGAGCGAAUUCACUAAAAUAUCUAUGAUCUUAUUGGUCAGCACCUAGUAAAUUAGCUCGCUUUUGCAAUUUUCACUACAUCAUCGCAUGGAUACAGAAUCGACCCCCUGGAAGACUGAAAAAAGAGCAAACCUCUGAGAAGCUCUCUAUCCGAUACACGUGGGUGAAUAAGCGAGCUGGUGUAUGGAUAUAAUGUUGCUAAAGCUUGGGAGUUAUUAAAAAGCUAAAGCAAAACCAUACACGUAGGUAAUUAAACUGUACGAAUUGUGUAACUGUGUUAUACGGGGCGGAAUAUAUUGACCAAAAAUAAAUAAUAUAAUGGAGAAAAAGCAAUUUGACGCUUUUUUGGGAGGAUCGGAAUCGCUUCCACAUGAUGUGCCUAUUAUGCAAUUUGUAUCGGCGCGAGCCCGCGAAAUUUCUGCGAUGACAAGUUCACUAGAGAAUCCCAAGCAAACCAAAUUGAUAUUUCAAAAACUUCCUGUAUAUAUGCGCAGACGUGUUAUGUCUCAUAAUGUCAAAAGAUUACCACGUAGAUUACGAGAAGCGCAUUUGGCGCAAAUGGCAAAGUCUGCAAAAGGCAAAAAUAUAAUCUCGGUGAACAAGCGACCAUCUCGAAAAUAUCGGAGAAGACCGCACAUGUUACUUUCUGAAUACGGACGUAGACAGCGUAAUAAAGUCUGGCUGGAAACUCAUAUUUGGCAUGCAAAACGCUUUCACUUGAUCGACAAAUGGGGAUAUAGAAUUGCGAGCUAUUCAAACGACAAAUGUUUCAGAGCUAAUUACCGAGCUGUCGAAAAGCAUUGCUUAUUACAGGAUAUUUCUUACUAUACUUGUAUUGAAAUAAAAGGAGAGGAAAGUUUGUUAAAGACUACUUUAAAGACACAUUGCGAUCCGUCCGCAUUAACUUUUGCAGCAAAAAAGUACACUACAGGUCAUAAAGAAGGCACUUUAAUGUUCUUCAAAAAGAAUGGGUAUCCACAUUCUCCUAUUGGAAAUGUGGAUUUUUUCUGGAGACCAAAGAAGUCGGAUAUUAGAACUAUUUGGAUCUGGAUACACCCUGCUUUCUAUGAUGAUGUUUUCAAUGAAAUUAUAUCGAGCUUUAAUUUUAUAGAAGAUAAUAAUAUAUAUAUAAACGAUACAACUCGCAUUACACCUAAUUUACAUAAUACAUAUGUAAAUGAUGCAGGCUGUAAGAUGAAUAUAUUGAGAAAUGCAUUAAACCGAUUUAGACUUCAUGGGCCAUUGACGUUAAAUGUGCUGACACAAGCGUUACGAUUACCAUCCUUGAUUGAAUCAGAUUUUUUGUCAGAAAUGGAUACUACAGGACAACAAGAACAGACCCAGAGCUUGUUAAAUGAUAAAACACCUGACACAUGUAAAUUGUUAAGGAAGAAUGUUCUAGAAUCUACAGAAAAGAUGGAAAUUGAUAAAAAGAAUGAAGAGAACACUGUAAUAUCGAAAUAUUCAAGUAUACAAGAAGUUAAGGAAAAAACAUGGCAUAUUAAAUACUACAAAAAUAAAACAAAUAUGGAAGCUUUUAAAGCACAAAAACAGUUGUGGCAAAUAAUGGAGUCUUCAGAAUCACCAAAUUGCUUACCAUCAAAUAUAAUUAUUGGAUUGACUGUUUUGGAUCCACGCUUUUACUUACCCAUAAAAAGAACAAAGUGUACAGAAUUUUCUCAAUUAACUUUACUCACUCAAUCACCAAAUAAUUCAAACUGUUCUCCUAUUUGGGAUGUGGAAAUACGUCGUGUUGUGAGUAAUUCUUGCGUAUCUACAAGCACAAUUAACAACUUCAGAAGUGAGUGCAUUGUGCCUGGAGUAUCAAACGACAAGUAUCUCAGUGAAGAUAUUAUGGCAAAAAUACCUAUUCUUCUUAUUCAAAAGCCUGGAAAUAUUACAGGUUUAGGUUCUAGUAUAGACGUUAUUAUUCCAUCGGGAUGGGCAAUGCCGUUUUGGCUUGCGCUUAUAUUGCGAUGCGCGAGAGUAGGAGCGCUUCGAGAAUCAAGAUCGAUAGCCUUCGAAACUUUGAAGCGAAACACACCCGAUGUCAAUGAUCCCGAUAGUCCUGCUUACAUGAGAGAAGCAUCAAAUACAAAAGAGGAAUUAACUAAAAAAUAUUUUUGUUAUCCGCCUAAUAGAAGGGUUAAUUAUACUAAAUUCGGAAUUAGCAGUCCGUUCUCCUGCGACUGGAAAAUUUUGACGAGAGAGUGGUCAGGUGCUGAGAACUUUUACGUUUUAAGAAAUCGUGAACUCUUACUACAUUUGCGAGCAAGUAUUUGUCCGUAUACCAAAAAUAAAAACUCCCAGUUGGUUCAAAAAAUACAAUUUGAUUUUCAAGAUAUAGAGAAAUAUAAAAACUGUUUGAUAUGCGUUUAUGUAUCGAUGAUAGGAAGGGGAUUGCCAAAGAAAUUCGCGAUCAUAUGCGUGCCAACGGCUGAAGAUUUGAAAACAUUUGAAAACGACAAGAAGUGGACCGGUCCUGUAGAAAAACAUCAUGUCGAUCCAAAUGAGAAAUCUCGUAAAAUUUUGCGGAAGAACCAUUUGACGCUGUUGAAGCGAUUAAGACGGCAGAGAGUUCGACAAAAGAGAGCGUUAGGAAACAAUUUACUGAAAGCGAUAGAAAACGAUUUAUUAAAAUCAUUGAAAGAAUCUGGUGGGGGGGGCAAAUUAGACAAAUGUGACCACUUCAAUAGCUUGUCGCAACAUCGCAAAAUUAUAUCGGACUACUUGGAAAAAAUGUCAAAAUUAUUUCUUCCGGAAUGUAAAGAAGUUCGCUAUUCUUGUGAUAGAGAGAUCAUGGGAUAUCUGACUGAAGGUCAUUUUUCAUUCAGCCGAGCAAAAGGUAUUGGCAUCGGAUAUGUUACUUUGCCCUCAUUGUUUGCAAUAAGUAAUAAGAAAUCCAAUAUUGUCCUUGUAAGAAAUACUCAAACACGACAGUAUAGAUUAGCAAAAUUAGACAUAUUAGAUUUUUAAGUGUAUGUAUAUACAUGUAUACAUGUAAAAUUUUUUAUCAUAUGUAUAUAUAAUUGUUUUAUAUCAAAAUACGCCAUUAAUUCAUAAGAA